GAGAUCUGCUACACCUCCACCAUCCUGCCCAGGGAGCUGGCCAGUCUCCUGACUGGGGACAGAACCAUUUCUGUUAGUGGUUGUUUUGUACAGUAUUAUUUCUUUGCUGGCCUGGCUGCUGCAGAAUGUUACCUCUUAUCUGUGAUGUCUUAUGAUCGGUAUUUAGCGAUAUGUAAACCACUGCAUUAUGGAACUGUUAUGAAUGGCAAGUUUUGCCUCCAGUUAGCAGCAGGGUCUUGCAUCAUUGCCUUUGUGGUUGUCACCAUAUUAAUAUGUUUGAUGUCACAAUUAACUUUUUGUGGCCCCAGUAAAAUUGAUCAUUUCUUUUGUGACUUCACCCCAGUGGUCCAACUGUCCUGCGGUGAUACCUACUUGAUAGAACUUGUUGCUUUCUGUUUUGCUUCCAUAGAUAUCUUUCCCCCAUUUCUAUUAACCCUGACAUCCUAUAUCUAUAUCAUAGCCAGUAUCAUAAGAAUCCCAUCCACUACUGGGAAGCAAAGGGCGUUUUCCACCUGCUCCUCUCACCUGAUUGUCGUUACAACCUUCUACGGGACCCUAAUCAUGGUGUAUGUUGUACCAAAAACACAUACACUGAGAAGCCUGAACAAAGUGUUCUCUGUCUUCUACACAGUCCUGACUCCAAUGGUCAACCCCCUCAUCUACAGCCUGAGAAACAAAGAGGUCAAGGAGGCUUUGAGGAAAUCUCUCAAUAGAUGUGUGGCUUUUGUGAGAAUGUGGUGA